AUGGAGGUAGUCUCGCCUUCCUCGGGCGCUCCGCCACCGCAGGCGCAGGGAGCGAGGGGCGCAGUCGCUGGCCUGCUGCGCAGGAUAAAAGGCAAACUCUUCACCUGGAAUAUUUUGAAAACAAUUGCCCUGGGUCAGAUGCUGUCCUUGUGUAUAUGUGGAACAGCCAUUACGAGCCAGUAUUUGGCAGAAAAAUACAAAGUGAAUGCCCCCAUGCUUCAGGGCUUUAUCAACUAUUGCUUGCUGUUAUUAACUUAUACCGUGAUGCUGGUAUUUCAGUCAGGCAGUGAUAACCUUUUAUACAUCUUGAAAAGAAAAUGGUGGAAGUACAUCCUGCUGGGACUAGCAGACGUGGAAGCUAAUUACUUGAUCAUCAGAGCGUACCAGUACACCACCCUAACCAGUGUCCAGCUUUUGGAUUGCUUUGGGAUUCCUGUGUUGAUGGCUCUUUCGUGGUUUAUUCUUUAUGCAAGAUACAGAGUGAUCCAUUUCAUUGCCGUGGCUGUCUGCCUGCUGGGGGUAGGAACUAUGGUUGGUGCAGACAUACUAGCAGGGAGGGAAGACAGUUCAGGUAGUGACGUGCUGAUCGGGGACAUAUUGGUCCUCCUUGGGGCUUCCCUCUACGCCGUCUCUAAUGUGUGUGAAGAAUACAUUGUGAAGAAGCUGAGCAGACAGGAGUUUUUAGGAAUGGUGGGCUUAUUUGGAACAAUUAUCAGUGGCAUACAGCUAUUGCUUGUGGAAUAUAAGGACAUCGCCAACAUUCAUUGGGACUGGAAAAUCGCCCUGCUAUUUGUGGCAUUUGCCAUCUGCAUGUUCUGCCUGUACAGCUUCAUGCCGCUGGUGAUUCAAGUUACUAGUGCCACUUCGGUCAACCUGGGCAUCCUGACAGCUGACCUCUACAGCCUUUUCUUUGGACUCUUUCUCUUUGGUUAUAAGUUCUCCGGGCUCUACAUCCUGUCUUUCACCAUCAUCAUGGUGGGGUUCAUUCUGUUCUGCUCCACUCCCACACGCACGGCAGAGCCGGCCGAGAGCAGCGUGCCCCAGGUCACCAGCAUUGGCAUCGACAACCUGGCACUGAAGCUUGAGGAGAACCUCCAGGAGACCCACUCUGCAGUCUUGUAGCUGGAGGAGAAGGUGCGGAUGUACACCUGAGGCUUCCUGGGAAGCGGGGCACUGCCACGGGAUAAAGCAGAGCCUGCUGAGUGCUGAGGGGACACUUGGAAAAUUGACUUAAACAUUUCAUUGCAUUGGAUCAGAUCCAGUGGUUAGAUUUUACAGGGGAAAACAGAAUAAUGCAUCAAAAGUAGAAAUGCCAAAAUUAAGCAGAAACCAAGGUUAGGAUUGCAUUUUCAUGUGUUGGAGGACCAGUGGUUGUCUGUGUCAAGAGACAAGGUGUGGGCCCCUCUCUGGGGUUCCGAGGCACAGGUGGGCAAGCAGGAGGGGGCAGAUGCCCACAUGAGCCAGCCACCAGACAUGGCUGAAAACAGGCUGUCUGGGCUGGGCUGGGUGGUCAGGAGUGGGUGCAGUCCAGGGUGGUUUUGGAGUAGGUUUCCUCAGUAAGAGGCCUCUGGGUUUUGCCCCACUGAGGAAGCAAGCCAUUGUUCAGAAGCCACAGGUGAGGUCUGGUGACUGUGUCAGGCAGGGAGGUGGGUGGGGCAGCACAGAGGAAUCCUGAAGUACAGGUGUGGGUGCCAUAGAAACACUGGAGUGCAGUGAGCCCAGGAGCCCUGCCCUCCUCCUUAAAAGAGGAUACGGCACUACUUCCUACCAAAUAUUUAUGCGCCACAAGAUUUUUAUGAUACUUCUUCAAUAAAGGUGUUCAUAGGUAGCAUCAUUAUGAUAUCAAUGAUCAGUAUACCACUACAAAAACUCUGUAUGUAAACUUCUUUUUGAUAAAAAUAUAAUAAAUUGAUGGUAAGUGUUCAUUUUAUUAAAAUAUUUUGAUUUCAUGGAAA